AACUCCUUUUGUGUCACAAAAGAGAAAAAACCGAGCUGCGAAAGUCUUAGGUUCCGCCAUUGGAAUUCCUCUUAUUGUGGUGGUAGGUUUUGUUAUGUUUAUUGUCCACAAGAAAAGACAACAUGCUGAAACGGAAGAUGAAGAAGAAGAGUAUUUUCAUCAAGUACAAGGUAUGCCCACUCGGUUUUCUUAUGGCGAGUUGGUAGCUGCCACUCAGAAUUUUUGUAAAAAGCUUGGUGAAGGAGGAUUCGGAACAGUUUUCGAAGGGAUCCUGGAAGAUGGCUCCAAAAUUGCAGUUAAAUGUCUUGACGGUCAUGGACAGGUCAACAAAUCGUUCCUCGCCGAAGUUGAAUCUAUUGGCAACAUUCACCAUGUGAAUUUAGUGAGGCUCAGAGGGUUCUCUGCUUGGAAAUCACGUCGACUUCUGGUGUAUGACUUCAUGAGUAACGGGUCAUUAGAUCGUUGGAUCUACCAUGGAGAUCUGCAGGGACAUGUACUGGAAUGGGAAUACAGAAAAAACAUCAUUCUUCAUAUUGCUAAAGGAUUAGCAUAUCUUCAUGAAGAGUGUAGGCAACAAAUCAUCCACCUUGAUAUUAAGCCUCAAAACAUACUACUAGAUGACAACUUUAAUGCUAAGGUAUCAGAUUUUGGGUUGUCUAAGCUCGUCGACAAAAAUCAAACCCAGGUGAUGACUACUAUAAAAGGAACCCCUGGGUAUAUCGCUCCAGAGUGCUGGAGCAACUCGGUUAUAACAGAAAAGGUGGACGUAUAUAGCUUUGGGAUCGUUGUCUUAGAGAUCUUAUGUGGGAGGAAGAUAUUCGAUAGAUCUGUGCCAGAAGAAAGUUGGCAUUUACUGGCCGUCUUUCAAAAAAGCUGGGAACAAGGAACGUUGUUAGGUAUGGUUGACAAGUACAGUGAAACUAUGCAAGCAAAUGGUGCAGAGGUGGUAGAGAUGAUGAAAGUAGCUUCGUGGUGUUUACAAACCGAUUCUACGAGAAGGCCUUCAAUGUCGACGGUUGUUAAGGUGUUAGAAGAUGGAAUGAGUGUUGAAUCGAAUCUGGAUUACAACUUCACAGAUCCGAGAAUGCAGAAAACAACAAUUGCACAAGAGAAAGAGCUCACACAGUUGAUGCCUUCUAUUCUUUCAUGGCCAAGGUAAUUAAGAAGCUAUGUUCAUUUUUAUGCAUACUUUCAUUGUAUGCUUAAUAUAUGUGUAGAUCAAUAAUUGUUGGCUCUACAUGUAAA